CCGUUACUGCGCGCGGGCGCCAGCGGGAGUGGUAGUAUGUCCAUCAAAAUAAAUCAUAAUCAUAAUAAUAAUUACAUGUUUUAACUGGACUUGUAGACGUUUGUACCGUUGACUGGAGGUAAAAAUCACGUAAUACAACAGCCGUCACAACGCCCAGGAUGUCUUGUAACAGCAGCGUGACCCAUAUCCAGCUGUCCUCAGCGAGCCAGACGGAGAACGCCUCGGUACACCUCAUGCCCUGUGAAAUAGAGCACAACGGACGAGCCCACAUCUCACAGUACUUCACAGCUACCGUCAAAGACCGCAAACACGAGAAGACCGUGUCCUUCAGAGGUCGUGGGUUGAGAGGGCAGCAGAUUGAUUUUCCACAGGGCUACACCGGCCUGGUGCUGAAAGAGACCCACAAGCCUGCUUCAGACCAGGAGGACCGGACAGUGAGGGUGUCUUCAGUGUUCGACAAGCUGACCUACUGGAACCUGGAGACUCCUCCAAACUCUGAUGAUGCAGUCGUCAUGGCAAUGGGCUGGCCUGAGCUGGCAGAGGCAAUCCAUGGGCCGAUAGAAGACUGAUGGCAGAUCUGUUCCAGGACUUGGAGUGUUGUCAGCCACUUUGUGACUGUGGCGGGGCAUCCUGGCUGAACACGCCCUGUCUGAGCAUGAGAGAAAUGAAGUGUGACGCAUUUUGGCUAAUGACAACAACCAGCAGAAGAACCGGAAAGCUAAAGAACUUGCCUCAUUAGUGCUUGUUCCUGUUAAGGGGCCACAAGCUUUUUACAGGUUAAUAUUUGUGAACUGUACCAUCUGUAAGAGAUACAAAAAUCAUGAAGAUUGUCCGUAUUGUGUACUAAACUGAAACACUGAAAUACUUCACAACAGUCCAGUGAAUGAGUAAUU